AUGCCGUUGGCCCUCAAAAAUCUUUUUCAAAGGGCCUGUGUAGUCUGCUCAGAUGUCCCAUCAUGUCCUACCUGUUCAGAUGAUGAAAUCUGCCAAAUGACUACCCAAUCUUGCGACUCAUGUCCUACAACCUACUGUGCAAAAGUCUCUACUACUUCAUCUUCUUCUUCAUCAUCAUCUUCCUCAACAACAACAACAACAAAUACUACUUCCACUUCUUCCUCCUCAGAUACAGGUGCAAUAGUCGGUGGUGCUGUAGGAGGAGUUGCUGCAAUUGCGAUAGUUGUAGCACUUGUCUGGUGGUUCUAUGUCCGUCCGCGCAGACGCAACCGUCAUAAUGCAUACCUGGCUGCAAAUAGUAGUGCCUUGGGGACUGAGCCCGUGCAGGCCAUGGAAGGAGGUCCCUUAGAGUAUGGAGCAUAUGCCGAAGAUGAAAUGCAAGAAAAGGAACAGAAUACUAAAGAACAAAUCCCCGGAGAUAGAACAACUACAAUGUCCCAAUUUAGCAUCUCAACUGCUUCUCUUGACCGUUCUUCAACUGUCAUUCCAAUCGCAUAUAUCCCAGGUGUUACGACUCGUGUGGGUCUUACAGCAGCUCUUACACCGAUUCCAGGAACUCCUCCAAGUAGUGUGGGUACACCGGAUCGGAGCUCGAUUGCAACAGCCAAUUAUAGGGGGUCUACUGCAGCCAUGGCUACAGCAACCACCGUGACUGCUAUCCCUGCAAGACCAAUGCUUGUUGACAUUGGAUCGGGAACAUCAACAACAACAACAUUAACAAAUGUGGAUCAAAUAACAGGUACUCCUCGGUCUCCUGGUGGGAUAUCUGUGACACCUGUGGCGCCGGCUGGCCGUGCGCUGACAGGACUGGGACUGCAGGCAGACCUAAUUCCAGAGGAAGAAUAUGAUGAUGAUGAUGAUGAUGAGUAUCAAGUUCAUCAAGUACGUAGGGUUGGACCAGCAGCAACUGAAUCGGUUUCUUCUAAUUCUGCAAGGACUCAUACUCAGGGGGCUUUAAGUAGUAGCAGUGAUAUCAUAGUACAACCUAUUCCUGCGUCAGAUUCAGAUUCGGAUGAUUCCUCCUCAGAUGAUUCCUCAGAAUCCGAGAGUGAUGAAGAUGGAGGUUAUGAAAUUCAUGAGGUUAGUACUACUACAAUUACAAGUAUGGCCCAAAGAACCCGGCCUGGACUUGUGACUGGUACUCCAGUCGGGGCUCCAAAUCUAGCAGCUGCAGCAGCAGCUGCUGCUGCUACAACUAGUAGUAGUAGUCUUAGAACAAGCCCAACAAAUAGUUUUGUGAGCUACAAGUCUGCACGAGAGGAAAAUUCAUCAUCUUCCUCGACCCGGGACUAUCUUCCACCGCGUCACUUGAAUCCUCGAGAAGACGGACCUCCUUUGACGAGUCCAUUUGACGACAAGUUUCAUAUAUAA